ACCCCCACAACUGAAGUCGCUCAAAAACCCUUACAUUCGGGAUUCAGUUCAAUUUUUUAUCAAUCUCUAAUGGCGAUACUCUCCGAUUACGAAGAAGAAGAACAGAAGGCAACGUCAUCGGCGGCGCCGGAGAGGAAGCCGUUUAAUGCCACUCUUCAUCCGUCGGAUCCGUUAGGAUUUCUAGAGAAGGUGUUUGAAUUUGUUGCGAAGGAGAGCGAUCUGUUCAAGAGCGAUUCGCUGGUGAAGGAUGUGAAUGCGGUGGUGAGAAUGGUGAAGGAUAAAGUGGAGGCGGAGGAGAAGAAGAGGAAAGAAGUGAAAUUUGAAGGGAAUGGUAAGGCAGAGAAGAAAAUUAAGGAGGAGGUGCAGGCGGCGCCGCCAGUUAAGGAGGAAGAGGUGAAGAAGAAUGCGGUUAAGGAUGAGAAAGAAAGUGAGAGUAAAGUGGAGGAGGAGGAGAAGAAUGGACGUCGAGUUCCGAACAAAAGCAAUGGCCUUGAUAUGGAUACAUACUCUUGGGGUCAAUCAUUACAAGAAGUUAACAUCACUAUUCCUGUUCCUCCUGGAACAAAGUCAAGAUUUAUUGCAUGCGAAAUAAAGAAGAAUCAUCUCAAAGUUGGGCUCAAGGGUCAGCAACCGGUUAUUGAUGGGGAGCUUUUCCAGCCUGUUAAAGUUGAAGACUGUUUUUGGAGUUUAGAGGACCAGAGAUCAGUCUCCAUUCUCCUUACAAAACAAAAUCAGAUGGAGUGGUGGAAGUAUUUGGUGAAGGGUGAGCCGGAGAUUGACACGCAAAAGGUAGAACCUGAAAACAGUAAAUUGUCGGAUCUGGAUCCUGAGACACGAUCUACUGUGGAAAAGAUGAUGUUUGACCAAAGACAAAAACAAAUGGGCCUUCCGACCAGUGAUGAGACGCAGAAGCAGGAGAUAUUGAAGAAGUUCAUGGCUGAGCAUCCUGAGAUGGAUUUUUCAAGGGCGAAGAUCAACUAGAAAAUCGGCCUUCAAAUUAUUUAAUAGAAUAUACGUUGGGUGGGCAGGGGAAAAUUGGACAGUAAUUGCUCUUGUUAAUUUUUGCUCGCAUUCUGUGGUCAUCAUUUUGAGGUACUCCGUCCCCGGGGAUUCGGAGGUCUGUGAGCCAGGAUUGGAUUUAGUACUCCGAGAAUGAUUGGCAAAGAAACAAACCGUGGCCUUUUGAAAUCGCUGCAUUUCUGGUUUAAAACGAGAGUGACAUUUCUCUAUAGUCUAGUGUUUAUCGAGCUUAUGGUAUCGACUCAUACUAAUUCUAUCGUACUGAAUUUCACAGAAUAUAUUGGAAUUGGAAUUUUGA